GUGAGGAUUGUCGUUAAGCGGCGACUUCACGAGGCGUCAUGUCCAUGAAAACUCGGAGAAAAACCAAGGCACUGGCUAGUGCGUCUGAAGACGCUGCGCCUAGCUCCCCUCUACCGGUGGACGACACGAGCCUGAGCGUUACCAUUCCUGAUGACCUCGACGUUGACGCUCUUUCAACAUUAAUUCCCAAUGCUACUCUUGCAUAUCCUUCGCCAGAUAUUAUCAUUGCCUUGUAUCGUCUUGCCUUGUCUCAAGCAGCAGAUUUGGAUGCCACCCACCGAACGGUCGAUGAAUUACGCGCUAAAGCGGAGAAGACAGACGUCGAACUUGAUCAGGCGCUGCAAGACAGGGAAUCACUUUCUAGGGACUUGGAAUCUCAAUUGGAGACUACACAGACAGAAGUGAAGGAACUGAAGCAAGAAAGAGACCAGCUUAUUUCUUCUCAGGCCGAGUUGAAAGCCGAGCUAUUGCAGCUUUCCACAACCCAGUCUACGUCUUCCACUGAACUCGAUGAUGUGCGUCGACGUUUGGAAGAUAGCGAACGUGAAAAACGCGACGUCAUGGCUGUAGUCAGUCGAUUGAAACAAGAUGAAACUCAACGUGAAGAGGAGAUUCAAACGCUACGAAAGCAUCUUAAGGAUGCUCGCCAGGAGCACCAGACGUUGGAGAACCAAGUCCGGGAGCUGCGGUCUACAGAGACGUCCACGAAGUUCAAACUUGACUCUCUUUCCCAGCAACUUGAACUAUCUCAGUCAGAAGUCGAACGGAUUAACUCCGAACUCACUUCCAAGUCCGAAGAAAUUACUAAGUAUCGACGCGCCAAGCAAGCUGAGGUGGUUACUCUUCAGGCAAACCUUGACGCGGUCUCUCAGACCAAUGAGUCGACACAGUCUUCUCUCAAGGCGCUCCAAUCUUCCCACACGUCUCAGACGCAUCAGCUCACCCAGGCCCUGACCAAGGUACAAGAUCUUAACGGACAACUAGCUGAGCAGGAGGCCACGUUUACCCAAGAGAUGAACUCAUUGAGACGCUUGGUCGCCAUGUUGGAAGAAAGAGAGAAAGAAGCUAAAGACUUCGUGGCAUCGAUAGAAAAGGAAUGGGAUGCUGUCGGAGAGAAGGCUGACAGACGAGAGAGCGCACUGCGGGUCGAGGUAGAGAGGGAAAGGAAGGGCAGAGAGGAUGCAGAGAGGAAAGUUGAGCGGCUGGAGACUGUUAUUGAGAGGAUGGGCAGAGGGGACUUGCCGGUUCUAGGCCGCACUCCCGGGACUCCAGUCAGAGGAAUUCUUGAUGAAAGUCUAGAUGGAAUGAUGGGUCUAAGUCCCACCGUGGCCAUGGCGAGCAAAGCGCAAAAGACCGGCAAGACCUUCACUGAAGUUUACGCUGAUUAUGUCCGUCUUCAGGAGGAUUAUGCAAAGAAGUCAGCGGAGUAUGAUCACAUGGAUCGUACGUUGACCGAAGUACUCGCACAGAUCGAAGAGAGGGCCCCCAUUCUUUCCCAACAGCGCAUAGAAUACGAACGCCUGCAGACCGAAGCGGCUCAGCUUGCAUCUCAGCUUGCCCAAGCACUCUCCGACCGUGACACCCAGGUCAUCCUUGCACAAGAAAACGCGCAGAAACUGAGCAAGAGUCAACGCGAAAAUGCACUUCUUGAAAAGCAGUGUGAUGAUCUUGGCCGACAGGUUCAAAAUUUACUUCGUGAAAUUGGACGCCGAGACGACCCUACUCUCCCUUCUGAAGAAGAAAUUUCCCUUGCACAGCAGGAAUCAGAUGUUGACGUCUUGAUCACCAACAAUCUGGUUUUGUUCCGGUCUAUCAAUGGACUUCAGGAGCAGAACCAGAAGCUCCUUGCUAUCACCAGAGAGUUGGCGAAGAAGCUUGAAGACGAGGAGAAGGAGUAUAGGGCACAGAUGGAGCAAGAACAAAACGAAGCCGUUCAGGAAGCUCAUGCUAUCAUUAAACACCUGGAAGAGAAGUUGGAGAAUGAGAAGAGGAGCAGCGAAAAACGUUUGCAAACAUAUGUCAAGGAACGGGACACGCUCGCGGCGCUCCUUGCUCGUUCUGACAAAGGCGCCGGGGCCAAUGGACGGAUGAAUGGCAACGCUGGUGUUGUGUCUCCUCCCUCCGAUGUCGCGCGAGAAUUGGCAGAAAUUCAGAGUCAAUUCGAGGUGUAUCGCACAGAGAUGGGCAUUGACUCUGGCAAGCUGCGGGAAGAGCUCGCCCUUGCUCAGAAGGAGGUCGGAAAAUUGCAUGCAGAACUUGCCAAAGAGAAAGCACGAAGCGAGUACUAUAAUGAGCGAAACCAGAUCAAUCAAGAUCAAUAUAACUUGCAUGCUCGAGAACUCGAUGACCUAGGCAAGCGGAAUCAGCAGCUGUUUGAUCAAUGGACUCGAGUCGACAUCGAAUGCGGUCGUGUGACGGAAGACCUUCGGCUGGCUAACAGCCGAAUCGAACAGCUUCGCAAUGAAUCUGCAAACCUACGUGCUGAGAAGAAGAUUUGGGAUGAUGUACAACGCCGGCUCGUCGAGGAGAACAAAGCCUUGACUUUGGAGCGCUCUCACCUCAACGACUUGAUGGGCAGUGUCCAGAGGAUGCACAACGAUCUUGAACGAUCCGGCGAGAACGACCGUCGUCGUUUGGAAAGCCAACUGCAACUCUUAGAAGCACAAGUACAAGAUUCGCGCACCCAGUUGACCGAAGAACGGGAUAAUGUCCGAAACAUCACACUGCAAAAGGAUAUCGAACUCAAGGAUCUUCAAUCCAGACUUGACAAGAAUAGCUCUCCAAGACACGGGAAGCUCUCGUCGGUGCUGAAACUAGCAAGAAGCACCUCGAGGAUCGUAUUGAAGACUUAACUAGACAAGUUCAGGGCAGCGAGGAAAAACUUGCGGUAUAUGAGCGACGCUCGGGUACUCUUGGUGCUCCUCGUAGCAGUCAGGAUAUGAGCAAGGAGCAGCAGCUUGAGGCGGAAGUCGCG